AAAAUCAGAUGAAGGGAAAACUUGUAAUUUGGGCCUGGGCUUGCAUUACAUUGAUAAAAUAAGAAAACCCAAAAACCUUGUAGCCAAGACAUACAAAAACCCAAAACCCUCCAAAAGCUCAGAGGAGCAGAGAGCAGGCAGCAAUGGAGUCUGAGAAACCAAGUUUCGAACCGUUUCGGCUGUUUUCAUCGCCACGGUCGGGGUUUCUUGAACAAUCAGAGCCCCCUCUUCCUCCGCCACCUCCUUCCGUCCAAGUGUUUCCCUCCGAGGUUUCUUCGUCUGUGAAGUACACCGUGGAGCCGGUGGAGUUGGGCGGACUUACUUUGCUCAAGGGCCGGGUUAGUACUCAAGACGUUUUCACGCUAUCCAACUCCGAUUUAGUUCCUGGGAAAUAUGAAGGGGGAUUAAAGCUGUGGGAAGGUUCUCUUGAUCUAGUUAAAGCUCUACGCUCUGAAGUUCAAAAUGGACAUUUAUCAUUUGCCGGUAAACGCGUUUUAGAGCUUGGUUGUGGCCAUGGACUUCCCGGUAUCUUUGCCAGCCUUGAGGGUGCAGCUGCCAUUCAUUUCCAGGACUUCAAUGCGGAGGUCCUGCGGUGCCUCACCAUUCCCAAUGUAAAUUCAAAUAUUCCAAACUUCCAACCCCCAUCAGUGCAAGUGACAAAGUCUAAUGUGGGGGCCGAAAUUGGUUUUUUUGCUGGUGACUGGCGUGAAAUGCAUAAACUUCUUCCUUACGCACAAAACGACGAGAGGGAUCUUAAUGUUAGUUCAGAGCAAAGUUUAGAUGCUCAGUAUGAUAUUAUUUUAAUGGCGGAGACAGUUUACUCAAUUUCUACCCUCCCACAUCUAUAUGAACUCAUAAAAAAGUGCUUAACUCCUUCUCAUGGAGUAGUCUACAUGGCCGCAAAGAAGCAUUAUUUUGGAGUAGGCGGGGGAACUCGGAGGUUCCUAUCUGUGGUCGAGAAAGAUGGGGUGUUGGCUUCUAGCUUGGUUGCUGAAGUUGCAGAUGGUUCUUCUAAUGUCCGAGAGGUAUGGAAGCUUUCGUUUAAGUAGGCGUCGAAUUCAUGUUGACCAAACAGUUGUACCUUACCCUAUGUUGCCCGGAAGAAUUUCAUCGGACGUCAUGUGAGUUAUUGUAUGCAGUCACCACCACUAUCAACAGUCCCACCACUAUGGCCGCCAUUAACAUCACUGACGCCACCAACCUUGCCACCACUAUCAUGGAUUGUCGCCAUUUUAGAAUUCCUCGACAUGCUUAAAUUUCCUAAUAUAGAUGGUGGGUAAAAGGAUUUUUAUUUUGAAAAGUUAUCAUGCAAUCUUAUCUAGUAUAUCAUAGUAAAGAAAUGCAUGAUGACAAUUUCGAAGUGAUGCCUAUAACCCUUAUCUACGAGGAGUGUGCUACAUCGAUAUGAAGCUUUAUUCUUUAAACUAUGGGAUGAGUUUAUUGAACACUUGAAGCAAAAACAAGAAGAAUCAUUGAAAACUCAA